GGCAUUAGAAACGUGGUAGGCACUACCAUACCAACCGAUAUCUUGCAGAGAGUGAAACUCAUCAGUGAUCGUAGGAAUAGCAGUAACAAUGAUAGAACUGUCAAGGAACAUCAACCAGGCAACAACAAUAACACAUGUGAUGACAAUCCAAAGCUUGGCACCUGAUAAGUACUUUGGCACCGGUGUCGCUGUUAUAUCAUGUUUCGGAGCUUUGUCUUUCUCUUGGUCGUUCUCCGUGAUUGAGCUUGUCUCCUUCUCUGUGAUCGUUGUACCUGGACUAUGCUUCUCGUCCUCGGCGACAGACGGGAACAUUUCAGUGGAUAUGAGGCUUAGGUCUAUUGAUAGCAGUUGCUUCUCUGUCAUCGUUACAAUACUCCUUUUUCUUCUUGUGGAUAUGGGGGCAGACUCGGGCUCUGUUGUUCGAUCCAUAUUGUGUCUAGUCGGCGAUGGUUACUGGCAGGAAUAGGGGCUUUAGUCGUUUGGAAUC